AAUGUCCAUAAAAAAGUUUCGAUGACCCCAAAUGGGUUUGUUUGACGGUUGGGCCUCUCCUCUGUUGUUGCUCUGCUGCGCUUUUUCAUUCAAAGCAAAGUUACGUUACCAAAAAGAACACUCUUCACACACACUGGCUGUUGUUUUAUUAUCGUCUCAAGACAUGCACACAUUUCUUGCACACUCGCUCUCUUCCCCUCUCACUCCUUUUCACGCAUAUAACGCACGUGUCUCUCUCCACAUCCUUGUUCUUCAUUGCACUUCAGGGCCACACCUCGCUCUCUAUCUCUCUCUCUCUUGAAAUUCGUUCCUCAUUUUGUUUCUUUAGCUUGACAUUUACCCUAAAAUGCCUUACGUGAAUGAAUGUUUGUGCGUUUGGUGAGCCAAAAUCUGAAAAUCAUGAACUAACAGUUCGUACUACAUUUUUUCCUCGUUACUGGUUAGUUUCGGAGUAGCGAUUCCUAGGGUUUUGAUAGACGUGAAUGUGCGUCAGGUAAGAGAAGAUGGGAGCAGGUCCUGAAGCUAUCCGUGUGGAGGCUUGGAAUGUGGGUAAAUCAAAAGGAAAGAAGAACAAAGAUGAUGAAGAUGAUGAGCCUGGCUGUUGGAUGAAACUAAGGUUUUUUGGAGGCUGCAUUUCUUCAAGGCCUAAAGCUGAUAGUUCCUCCAGUGGUGCUAGCACACAAUAUGCGGAAAGUAAAUCUACCAACGAUACCAGCAGAGACCAACCAGUUGUUCCAAUCGAGUCAUCUUCAACAACAAGCAAUGCUGGAAGUAUUCCUGCUACUCCUAAUCCAGUUGAGGAACUGAAAGUUGCUUCUCAGCUACGAAAGUUCUGCUUUAAUGAGCUUAAGUCAGCAACAAGGAAUUUCAGACCUGAGAGCCUUCUUGGUGAGGGUGGAUUUGGUUGCGUAUUUAAAGGUUGGAUCAAUGAGAAUGGAACUGCUCCUGUAAAGCCUGGAACUGGUUUGGCUGUUGCAGUAAAAACUCUCAACCAUGAUGGACUUCAAGGUCACAAAGAAUGGCUUGCAGAAGUUAAUUAUCUAGGGGAACUCCUCCAUUCUAAUUUGGUUAAAUUAAUUGGCUAUUGCAUUGAAGAUAACCAAAGACUACUUGUUUACGAGUUUAUGCCACGAGGAAGCUUGGAGAAUCACCUCUUCAGAAGGUCCUUGCCACUUCCGUGGACAGUCAGAAUGAAAAUUGCACUAGGAGCUGCAAAGGGCCUUGCCUAUCUUCAUGAGGAAGCUGAACGGCCAGUCAUCUAUCGUGACUUUAAAGCAUCUAAUAUCCUGUUAGAUGCAGACUAUAAUGCCAAGCUUUCUGAUUUUGGACUUGCCAAAGAUGGUCCAGAGGGAGAUAAAACUCAUGUAUCCACUCGAGUGAUGGGAACUUAUGGUUAUGCGGCCCCCGAGUAUGUGAUGACAGGACAUCUUACCUCAAAGAGUGAUGUCUAUAGCUUUGGGGUAGUUUUACUUGAAAUGUUGACUGGCCGGAGAUCCAUGGACAAAAGACGACCAAAUGGAGAGCAUAACCUCGUGGAAUGGGCACGACCCUAUCUUGGAGAGAGACGAUGGUUCUAUCGAUUAAUAGAUCCUCGCCUUGAAGGACGGUUCUCGAUCAAAGGUGCUCAGAAAGCAAUUCAGUUGGCUGCUCAAUGUCUUAACCGUGACCCAAAAGCCAGACCUCUGAUGAGUGAGAUCGUUGAAAUCCUGAAGCUUCUGCCAAACCUCAAGGACAUGGCAUGUUCUUCAACCUAUUUCCAGGCCAUACAACCAGAACGUUUUGGGUCUAACUUAAAUACCGGAAAUGGCAGUAGAUUGCAGCCAGGAAUCCCAGCUAGGCAUGGACAACCAGUCAGAAGCAUUUCCAUACCAAGUGGACAGAAUGCCUCUCCAUAUCAUCACAACCAUCUUCAUCGGUCACCCAAACCUUUUGUUGGACAGCCUGGACAUUGAGCUGUGUCUUUUUACCCCCUUCCCUUGUUUAUAUGCUUUUGCUUUAAGGAUUUGGUUAACUUUGUUAAACGGCAGAACUUAAUCUGAUGCUUGCUUUCUUUUA